UCCACGUCCACAACAACCAACAACGCGUCGCGUAAUGAAAUGUUUAAAUUCAACUUCUGUUUUCUAGCUGUUUUGCUCCUCAACCUAGCUCCUCCAUCUUUUGCGAUAUCGUCUCCUUCAUUCUACUAUCCAUAUCACGUUUGCUCUUAAUGGCAUCCAUCCUUGCUCCUGUUCGUGUACCCUCCCCUGCUCCAACACCAAGCAAGAAGGCUGCUGCUGCCCUCGCAGCGUUCUCUCUAGAUUCGCCAGCCAAACCAUCGAAAAACGACACCCUUCCCCUUAUUGAUGAUUGCAAGCGCUCUGUCUUGCCAGAUUCCGAGCAGGCCGAGGGCCUGGAGCCUGAAGACGAGGACGACCUUGAGGAGCUUCGCAAGAAGUUCGUUGGUGAAGUUGACUUGCCUGAAAGCGAAGAGCCUUUGCUCAAAGAAUCUAAGCGCCGGUUUGUUCUUUUCCCUAUUCAGUACCAUGAGAUAUGGCAAAUGUACAAGAAAGCCGAGGCAUCUUUCUGGACUGCUGAGGAGAUGGACCUCUCAAAAGAUAUCCAUGACUGGACGAACCGUCUCAAUGACAACGAGCGUCACUUCAUCUCACAUGUCCUCGCCUUCUUUGCCGCAUCCGAUGGCAUUGUUAAUGAAAACCUCGUCGAACGUUUCUCCAACGAGGUUCAGGCCGCCGAGGCCAGAUGCUUCUACGGCUUCCAAAUCAUGAUGGAAAACAUUCAUUCCGAGACCUACUCACUCCUCAUUGACGCUUAUAUCAAGGAUCCCCGGCAGCGCGAAUACCUUUUCGACGCCGUAGAAACUAUUCCUUGCAUCAAGCGUAAGGCUGACUGGGCACUCAAGUGGAUUUCCGAUCAACGUUCCACUUUCGCUGAGCGCUUGGUGGCGUUCGCUGCUGUCGAAGGCAUCUUCUUCUCUGGCUCCUUCGCGUCUAUCUUCUGGCUGAAGAAACGUGGUCUGAUGCCUGGUCUUACGUUCUCCAAUGAACUCAUCAGCCGUGAUGAGGGUAUGCACACCGACUUUGCUUGCUUGCUCUUCAGCCAUCUCAAGCGUCGGCCACACCCCGACACCGUGAAGUGUAUCAUUACUCAGGCUGUCACUAUCGAGCAGGAGUUCCUGACGGAUGCUCUCCCUGUUGGUCUCAUUGGCAUGAAUGCCAAGCUCAUGUGCCAGUACAUCGAGUUUGUCGCAGAUCGCUUACUAGUGUCGCUGGCCAACGACAAGGUGUACGAUGCCACCAACCCCUUCGACUUCAUGGACAUGAUCUCGCUACAGGGAAAGACGAACUUCUUCGAAAAGCGUGUAUCAGACUACUCAAAGGCGAACGUCAACCACACGAAUGCCAAGACCGACCAAGCAACAAGCAAACUUUUCUCUUUGGAAGAAGACUUCUAGAUAUGUUUUUGCGUUUUGUUGUUUGCAUAGUUCAUACUUUCCCCAUUUGCUACACCACACCCAUCAUGUUCAUCGCGUCAAACUCUCCCGCAUGUGUUCUAGAUAUAUCAAGUAUCAUUAUCGACCCUGUAUUAGUGUUAUCACUAGGUCCAAUUCCAAUAUCAACGAUUUAUUGCACCGAAU